AUGGCGUUGCUGCCGAGCGAGGUUUCACUACGAAUUACGUUCAACGAUGAAUGCGAAGACAUCAACGAGUGUGCGUUGGGCAUCUCGUCAUGUCCGAUCAGUCAGCGAUGCGACAACUCUAUAGGCUCGUACAUCUGCACGCGGGAGGUCAACUGUGGCACGGGUUACACGUACAAUUCCGACAAUCAGCAGUGUACCGAUGAUAACGAGUGUGAACUGGGCACCCACAACUGCGGCCCCGCGUACGACUGUCACAACCUGCAGGGCUCGUUCCGCUGCACCAUCAAGACAUGUCCGCCGGGAGAAACCAUUAAUCUGCAGACAGGGGUGUGCAGAGAAGUGCAGUGUGCACGAGGAUUCCGCGCAGACAUCCAGGGCAACUGCGUGGACGUCAACGAGUGUGAGACGCGGCCCGACACGUGCAGACGCAACCAGCGCUGCCACAACACGAUCGGCUCGUACGAGUGCAAGAAUCUGCUCAACUGCGGCACGGGAUACGAGCUGAGCGAGGACGGCACACAGUGCAUGGACUUGGACGAGUGUACAACAGGGACCCACGAGUGUCGCGGCGGGCAGAUCUGUCGGAAUCGACCCGGAGGCUACACCUGCCAGUGCGAGACGGGCUACAUCUACAACGGCAUCAUCAAGAUAUGCGAAGACAUCAAUGAGUGUGAGCGCUAUGGCUCCUAUAUCUGCUCUCGCACCGCGGACUGCAUCAACACGCCUGGAUCCUACACAUGUGAAUGCCACGACGGAUUCCGUGCCGACGAAACUGGAAAGAUAUGCAGAGAUAUCAAUGAAUGCGAGGAGUCAACGACUAUCUGCCAUCAGCAGUGUCUCAACACGUGGGGAUCCUACCAGUGUCACUGUGAUAGUGGCUACCAGCUGGCCGAGGACAAGCGAACAUGUCGCGACAUCGACGAGUGCUCACUGUGGUCAGGCCGAGGCAGUUUGUGCAUAGGCUACUGUGAGAACACACCCGGCUCCUACGCGUGCACCUGCCCGCAAGGCUACACACUAAGCACUGACGGGCGCACGUGCCAAGAUAACGACGAAUGCGAGACGAACCCAUGCCAGCUGGACGAACUCUGCCUGAACACCAGGGGAGACAAGAAAUGUAUAACCAUCACUUGUCCGCAGAACUACGUCAAAGAUCCCGACCAGAAUAAUCGCUGCACGCGAGAGUCGGUCGUCUGCCAGCAGGGAGAUCAGGCGUGCAUCAACCGGCCGCUCGCCGUCAGCUAUAAUCACCUGGCCUUCCAGUCGAACAUGCACAUCCGGCCCGGCGGCCUCGACUUCUUCACGAUGCGUGGCGCCCUCUGGUCGACGACGACGCUGCGCUUUGAGAUGGAGAUGGUGAACGCGCGCGUGCCGCAGAGCAUAGUCGCCGCGACGCAGGAAAGCUUCCGGUUGAAGCGCGUCGGCGCCAACCAGGCGAUCAUAGCGCUCAUGGAGCCACUCAAGGGCCCGCAGGAGGUCGAGCUCAGCCUCAAGAUGAAGAUAUUCUCAAACGGACAGUACGCCGGCGUAGCCGUGGCAAAGAUCUACAUCUACGUCAGUCCGCACGACUUCUAGACUGCUGACAGAUGGCGCCACCGGGGACGUCCGAGCGCGGUCGCCAUUGGCUAAAACGGUCCGGGCAUUGGUACCAAUAAACACCAAUCCUAUGAUGCAUGUAUAGAUAGCCAUGGUGCUAUCAAUCUCGCCAGAGAAGACACGCGACCGUUUGAGUUCAAUCGCAAGGGUUGAAUCGUAGAUUUUCAUAACCCUGUAGUUUGUAUUGCUACAUGCGGCGCAGCGUGCGGAAUUUAACGAGUUAGCGUCAGAGACAUAGUGAGCGCUGGGGAGCGAGAGAAGUGGGUGGGGUGGGGGCGGGCCGAUUGCUGGGACGCGAUGUUAAUGUAUAUCACAGAGAAGCGUAGUCGAAUGAACGCCAAGAGAUAUAAACAGAAGUGCAUUAUAAAAACACGUCUUACGUCUUAUUAUAUCACUGCAAACUAUCUAGAAGAUCGGUGAUGCUCUAUCUUUCAAACUAACAAUAUAAUAGCACUAUAAUAGCAUCCAACAUGUGAAGGCGGGAACAGAUCUGUAUGCCGACAAUGUGAUCAGUGGCGUAUCCAGAAGUAAAAUCAGAAUUCUAGGGGGGGGCGAAUCAUGCGAGCUCAAAGGGGGAGGAUGUACAAAGGCUAAAAUACCCUUGCCCUGCAAAUUCUAAGGGGGACGCGCCCCCUUAGAUUUCUGGAUCCGCCACUGGUGAUGUAUAUGCAUCUAGGAAUUCCGCAAAUAUAAUUAUAUAUAUAUAUAUAUAUGAUAUUUUCAAUAUAUGUAGAGAAAUGACAUCACAGUUGUCUUCUAAAAACUCUGAUAAGAUCUAGCACGUGUUGUAAUCUAAACGGGUGCCAAUUAAAUGUUUUAAUAUACAUAUAAACACCCACAUGCAGUUACAUGUAGAUCUGCAUACUGUAAUCACGUCCUAAGUCCUACUCACUCAUACACGUGCGCACAAACUUUUUCGCUUUCUAUCGUGUUACGAAUAUGUGGCUUGCUCGCGCCAAAAUAUUACUUUUUACCAUUGAAAUUACUUUCAAUCGUUUAGUGUUUCUAUCACAUUCCAUUCCAAAAUCAAUAUUUUACUGUUAGCAUCAUGAUUAACCAUCAUGUGUCUGCGAUGACAAAUUCACAACUAAAAUGAAUCCGAAUGUAGUUAUAUGCGCGUCGUUUUUUUCUUAGCUGCUGUAUUUAGAUAAUGACCGCAUCUUAUAUAAAUAAAAUGUUAUAAUUGA